AUGCCCCUGCGACCUGGCUUCGGCACCGCAGGCAGACCCCAGAACCUAAGGGCCAACUUCUUCGCGCUACGCCUUCCCGCCAACUUGCAGAUCUACGACUACGAAGUGUCCAUCACCGGAGACAAGGAUCUGCGCAGGGCUCGCAAGGCGCGUAUUUUCGACCUACUCGAGAGUAGUCCGGAAUGCGCGCCUUUCCGAGACCAUAUUGCGCACGACAACAGCGCGCGGCUUGUGUCGGCCAAGGAGUUGCCCCAGCCACUGCAAGUGACUAUCCACUUUUACGAAGAAGGCCGGUCGGGACCAGGCGACAACGCCCCCGUAUAUACCGUCGAGAUCAAACACAAGCGUACCCUCAACAAACGCGACAUCGACCCACAUCUCGAGGGUCGAGACCGGAGCUUUGAUACCUUACCACACAUUUCCGCUCUCAAUCUCAUUGUUCAAAGACAUGCUGCCAAGAACGGUAUCCGCGUCGGCGGCGACGACGAGCAGGAUGAGAAGAAGCGCCAAGGCAAGAGCAAAUACUUCUUCCCAGCCGAGGAACGCUUCCCGCUUAUGCUCGGUCUCGAGGCCUGCCGUGGCUUCUAUGUUUCCAUUCGUCCCAACUUCAAGCAGCUGAUGGUGAAUAUCAACGCCUGCAUGACCGCGUUCUAUACCUCCGGAAAUCUCGCAGAGGCCAUGCUCGUUUUCCAACAGCGGACCGGAGGAUUUCCCUCGGAGUUCUUUGAGAAAGUGAAGGUUGUGACGACGCACUUGGGGUAUCCGAAGAAGAAAGCUAUCUUCCGCAUUAUGAGUACCACGCCGCGCACUACAAAGUUCAACCACAAUAAGCACGGGGAGAUCUCAGUGGAGCAGUAUUUCAAGCAAGAGUACAAGAUUACACUUCAGCAUGCGAACUCCUUGCCGGUUAUCGAUAUAGGGAACAAGGACAAGGCGAACUUCAUGCCUCCUGAGCUGUGCGAGAUCCCUCCCGGGCAGCCAUACCGAGGCCUGCUCCCCGACCAGGCCACAGCGGAAAUGAUCAAGGUCGCCUGUAACCCACCGGCAUUCAACGCGAGCCUUAUCGUCAACCAGGGCUUUGACUUGCUCGGUUUGCGAGGCAACAACAGCACGCUGAUCAGCUUUGGCAUUAGCGUCAGCUCCGAGAUGACGGUCGUCCCGGGUCGCGUCCUUCCCCCGCCGAAAGUGACGUACAGGUCUGGCCAGCCUGUUGUGCGCGAUGGCGGAUGGAACCUCGUUGGCGUCAAGUUUACCCAGGGCGGGGACAUGUCGAACUGGGCGGUGCUACUCGUCAAUGAGGGCCGCCGUUCCGAGUUCCAGUCGCCACAGGAUCCACGGCUCCAGCGCUUCCUCCAAGGUUUCUCCAACAUGUGCCAGACGAGCGGGAUGAUCGUCGGGCAGGGCCCGCCACUCAUCAUGCAGACCGAGCGCUUGCCACGUGAAGAUCCAGGACGCCGCCGUGGUGUAGAACUCAUUCGUAAGGCGCUCCUGGCCGGCCUGAAUCCGGCGCGCAAGCCGAGUUUUGUGCUCGUGCUUCUCUCCACCACGGACAUCUACCCGGGACUGAAGCGGCUGUGCGACAUGCAGCUUGGCCUGGCGACGGUUUGCAUGCAGCUCGAGAAGGCUACGAGGGAGCAAAGGCAGGACCAGUACUUUGCUAACGUCGCGCUCAAGGUCAAUAUCAAGCUUGGUGGCAUCAAUCAUCUACUCGCACCCGACAGCAUGCGGUGGCUAACAACAAAGAAGACUAUGCUGGUCGGCAUCGACGUCACACAUCCGUCACCGACCAGUCUCAAGGGUACGCCGUCUAUUACUGCCGUCGUAGCGAGUGUGGACGACAAGUUCGUACACUUUCCGGCUGGGCUUGCGCUUCAGCGAAACCGAAACAUCAACAAGGAUGCUGAAGAAAUGGUAGAGGGUCUUGUUAAGCUGCUCGUGGACCGCCUCACGCUGUAUAAAAAGAAGAUGAAUGCAUUACCAGAGCGCAUACUCGUGUACCGUGACGGCGUCUCCGAAGGCCAAUACAAACUUUCGCUCGAGAAGGAACUGCCUCAGAUCCUCGAAGCGUGUAAGAGGUUGAGCACCGCAGACCGCAAGACCCCUUACCGCCCGACGAUCUCUGUCAUCGUCUGCGGUAAGCGACAUCACGCCCGCUUAAAUGCUACGCAAUCGGACCAGGCUACAAGGAACGGCAACACACUUCCUGGCACCGUGGUGGACAAAGGUAUCACGGACAUCUACAACCACGACUUUUACCUCCAGGCACACAGCGGCCUGCAGGGUACCGUUAAGUCCACUCACUAUAUUGUCAUCUACGACGAGAACGGCAUCACCGCAGAUCAAAUCCAGACCGGGACGAACAACGCGUCGUACAUGUACGCGCGUGCAACUAAGGCCGUGAGCCUGGUGCCGCCGGCGUACUACGCGGACCUCGCAUGCGAGCGCGGACGCCAGUGGUUGAGCAUGCUCAUGAACGCCACAGACAAUCAGACGCGUUCUCAGGUGAGCUCACGCGGAGAUUCGGACGCAGCGACGCAGGCGCGCCAGCGCGUGUACGACAAGGCAGUCGAGCUGUGGAGGAAUGGCCCCCAGGAUGAUAUCAAGGACACGAUGUUCUAUAUCUAG